CAGGUGCAGCCAUAGAAUAAGGCUCAUAACAACCGUUACCAACGCAGUGUGAGGGAGCUGUCCAGGCCUUUUUUUCCCUGAGAAAACCUUUUGAGUUUAGCUGUUUUCGCUUAGAGAGACGCUGGAGGCUCGAGGCCAUGACUUUGAACCAGAACCACUCAGAGUCUGGCGGUGUCAUCAUCAACAACAGUGAGAGCGUGUUGAUGAGUCAUCCUAAAGUGGAGUUGGUUUUCUGUGAUGCGGACACCCUGCCUGAGCCGUUCAGAAAGAGCAAGAAGGGGAGCCUCUACUUGACACCGUACAGGGUAAUCUUCGUGGCUAAAGGACGGGAUGCGCUGCAGUCCUUUAUGAUGCCGUUCUACCUGAUGAAGGGCUGUGAGAUCAAACAACCCGUUAUGGGCGCCAAUUACGUCACUGGCACUGUGACCGCGGAGCAGGGAGGUGGAUGGGAGGGAAGCGCUACCUUCAAGCUUGUUUUCGCUGCGGGCGGAGCCAUAGAAUUUGGACAAUUCAUGCUGCACGUUGCAGCUCAGGCUUGUAAAGGCCAACCUGUGACUCCUGGCUUUGGUGGAUGCCCUUAUAUGGCUAACGGAGGCUGUGGUUACCCCCCUCCCCCUGCUAAUGGGAUGUACCCUCAAGGACCUCCCCCCAGCUACUCCUACCCCAAUCCUCCUCCUCCAGGGGGGUUCUACCCGAGUCCUCCAGCUUUCGAUGCCUCUGCCAGCUAUGUACCUCCACCCCCCUACUCUGCUCCUCUGGGUCAGCAGCCGCCACGUGACCCAGAUCUGCCGUCCUCAGCAGCAGCGGAGGCUAAAGCAGCAGAAGCAGCAGCCAGCGCCAGCCCUGCCACCCUGCCUCCUACACAUGUGUACCUGCCACAGGACAAGCCUCCACCGUACUCUCCUCCAGAGGACAAGAAGAACCAGUAGACGUGCUCGACCCCCCCUGAUUGUCCCACUUCCUUCUGGACCAUCUCUUCUCUCAUUCCACUGACUCUACAUCAGGAGGGAUUUAGUCCUCAUCUCCCCUCUGGGUCUUCCUUACUAACAUUUUCAUUCCUCCUCGAUGUCUCCCUCAGUGUGGUCUGCUUGGUUCUCCUCAGAAGCACCUUUUACUUCCUAGAAAGUAACAAGAGACAAGAACGGAUGGUUCUGGUGUUGGUUGCCUUCCCGUUGUGUCCCCUGAACCCGUCCCCACCUUUAGCUCUAGCUCUGAUGGUAUUUGUUUCACUAAAAUGACCAGAGGCGAACUAAAUGCAGGCUUAUUUUUCUAUUCUUUGGUUGUACAGGUUUAAAGAGAGGCUAUUUUAUGGAGAACACUAAGGUGAAGUUAUGGAGUAGUUUUUGUAAAAUCUCUGUUUUGACAUGCUUUAGUGGAUAUAAGAGGACUACACAGAUUAAAGCCCCCGGCAGUGAAUCCCUGAUCCGGGAUUAGAGCAGAGGGUGGAUUAUCCCGCCAGGAGCAGACCAGCCACCCGAUGAUGUCACGUCCUGUUCGGUGAUGCUCAGACUACACCUCAUUUCUCUGACGUCCAUUUUUCCCUGAUAGUAACAUGACCGCUCAGAGGACCGUCUCAGUUUCUGUGCUCGUAAUCUAAACUCCUCGGUUUCAGUCGAUCUGAGCGUGUCAGUAUCUGAGCCUCGUUCCUUCCUUCCUUCCUCUGUGGUCAUUUAUCUGUAUCCUGUAUCUUGUCGCACAUCGGCUGCUGAUUCU